CAACCGCCGUAGCUGCCGACGGCAUCGUUAUAAGUUUCCGGUCUCGAAUAUCCACAGCCUCAUCAACAAUUAAAUAAGGAAAUGUAAAGAAAUUGUACGCGGUUGAGUAGCCCGAUCGUUGUCGAAAAUAGUGCGACGAGGGCUCUGGCGAGGAACAAACCGCACACAGAAAAACGAAAGAAAAGUCCAGAAUUGAAGAGGGCAUCACCAAUGCGGGCCCAUCAUGUAUGCAGAUAGCUCUGCAAACCAGAUGCCGGGUUCUGCCGGAGUCAUUAACGUCAUUAGCAGGCCGUUAAAUCCCGCACGAAUUUCGGCGAAGAACAACGUAAAGAUGCGACGAAUGAUAGGAAAGAGAGACAUAAAUAUCGAACUCCAUGCAGCCCCUCGCAGUGGGGGUUGGGAGGCGGCAAAGAAACGCACAUAAUUUUUUGCCGGAAUAAAAUAAUUAAACAAAAUGUAAAGAAAAAAAAUAUAUAUAAGGAAAGGAACGCGCGAUGAGCGGAAGGGGCUUGGAAAGGAAAAAAAUUAGCGCUGCCAGAUGGCGGUGUUUGUGCUGGGCGCUGCGCGAAGCCAGAAGAAGCGGAUGAAGCGAAGCCAAUCCAAGCACGGGAAGCGCGGGGUGCUUUUGCGACAAAGAAGAAAGAAAAAAAGAGGAAAGAGAGGGAGAAAGAGUAAGACGAAAGAGCUGGAGAUAAACUCAGAGGCGGAGGAGGAAAGAAAGAUGGAUUGGUGGAUAGAUAGAUGAAAGUAUGAGCAGAGAGGGACCGCGGUGGAGAGGGUGGUGGAAGAAAAGACUGCUGCAGGCAAAGUUGGAGGGCGAAGGUAACAAAAAUAUAUACAAAGGGAGAAAGAGCAGCGAUGCGAACAGAAAAAUAAAAGUGCACAAAGGAGGCCGCUUUGCUAUUGGGCUCAACCUCCUCUCCGCCGCAGUUGUGGGCGGAGCGAAAAAUCCAUUCGCUCCCACCCCGCUCGGCCGACGUGGCUCGCUCGGGGCGGCAUGGGGCUCUCUUUAAUUUGCGGCGCUACGCGUAGAGGAGGUGGUGCGCGUCUGCGCUCUUUGUCUAGCCCUUCUUUCCUCCCCACUCCCUCUUCAAGCUUAUCUUUCCUUCUCUCCCUCUUCAUGUGACCCUACCUACUUCAUCCGAGCGGCACGGCGUACAGCCGGGUAGCCUGGCGUUUCCACAUAGGUUGCCUCCCCCCCUUGCCUCCCCCCUCAUUCUUUUCCCCUCUUCUCGGCGUUGCUUGGCUUGCACGACGAAUCGAACACCGCGCGGCUUGCUUGUAUUUUUUUUCCACUUGGGACGAGGAAUGAGCGAGCGCUGUCGGAGCUCUGCUUUCUUUUUAUUUUGCUGUUUUGCGUCGCCGACGAACUAUGGGAAGAAGAACCACGCGCGCCGCCCGCCCGAGCCGAGGAUCGCAGGCUGCGUGAACUACCUACCGACCAUCGACGAAGUUCGAGCCGCGUGACCACGUCGCCGCGAACGUGUGAAGAUGGUAGCGGUGAAUUAGUGAAGAGGAGGCAGGCCUGCUGCACCCAACGGGAUCAUGGUUUCCACGCAGACUGCCAUGCCACCGCCCGCACCACCGCCUGCCGUAAGCUCACCCAUGAAUGCCCAGCAGCAGCAACAACAGCAACAGCAGCAGCAACAGACUCAGCAGCAGCAGCCACAACAGGUUGUGGUCAGUUCACAGCCCAACCUGGCAUCGCCCACCUCUGUGGCUGUGACCCAGGUUCCCAACCAGGUCACCAUGACCACUAGCGCCCACCUGCAGCCUCAGCAACCACAGUCACCCAUCGGUGGCCCCAUGCCCCCGCACUCGUCGACAUGCACUGUCAUCCCCCAACAGGCCAUCCAGAGCAUGACCCAGUCACAGUUGCAGCCCGUGCAGGUGAUCCAGCAGUCACUACCUAACCACUACCUGCCACAGCUGUACUCGACCCAGCAGCAGAUGCUUUUGCCGGGCAACCUCGCCAUCCAGCAGCACAGCAUGGGGGCCCUGCAGGGCCUGAACUUGCAGCUGCAGAGCAAGGCCCACAUGGACCACACGAAGCAGGGUGGGGCAGGGGGACCGCACGGGACGACCACGAUCAUCCCAGCCGUGUCCAUUGCAAGUGUGAACCCAGGAGGCAAGGGAGUGACCAUCAGCAGCGCACCAACGCUGGUGACCACCAACUGCCACAUGAUGAGUGCUGCUGGCAAACCCUGCCUUCCUACCGGUCAGAUGAUCCACAAGGGCACCACGGUCAUGGGCCACGGUGGCUAUCAACUGCCAUCUACCAGCACAAGCCAGCAGACGCUGGUCAUCAACCCUCUGGGACUCAUCUCGAGCCAGAGCAUCCUCCCAGCUGCCAAUCAGGCCAAGCAGAUGGAUGCUAACAAGGCCAAGCCUUUCGUAAGUUGCUUCGGAAUCCACGAGCAUCCGGUUUCAAUGUGGCAACAUCAGCAACAGAUGGUAAAGCAUGCUUCCUUGAUGUCCCAGAAGGUACACACCCCUACCUCUUAUGCUCAGGUGAUGAGUCAGCAGACACCACUGCAGCCAAAGUCACCGCUAAUGGCCAACACAAUAAAUGCCCAGGGAUCAGGCCAGAUGACCACUGCUCAAGUGAUCAACACCAACCAGUUCAAGCAGCUUUCCCAGAACAACCCUCAGAUCAUCUCCAGCCAGCAGCCCACUGUCAUCAGCCAGGCACAGCUUCUAGGCUCGCUGCAAGCUCUCAACGCCACGUUCCCCCAUGGCAUCACGUGGGCUCAGCCAGGGCAGCUGCAGAGCCCUACCCUGCUCACCCAGAACCCCAUCUACAUCCGGAGCCAGCAGUCGGACGUCUUCCUGCAGCCUGGACCCCAGCAGGCCCUUCAUGCCCUGCCUGUGGCUACUGCUCAACCCACCGUAGCUCAGGCACAGCCCCAGGCCCAACCCCAGGCCCCCCAGCAGCCCACUGUGGCACUGGCUGCCGCCCCUCCCACGCAGCAGCCGCAACCGAUCCAGCAGCAGCCAUCCAAGCCCAAGCAGGUUCGUCCAGCCAGCUCAGUUGCUACUCAGACUGCCACCUCAACUUCUGUCACCGUCAACUCUCAUGUCCUCCCGGCACGAACACAGGCCAAGCCGAGGAUCAGGGCGCAGACAAACCGCACUUCCCCAGGUCCUGGGCAGCAGCAGAACAUGAUCCACACUCAGACGGCAAACACACAGACACAGACGUUUGCUGUGCCAUCUCCACAACAGCAGACGACUGCACAGCAGCAGCAGCAGCAGCAGCACCAUCAUCAUCAACAUCAGCAGAACCUUCAGCACCCGCACACUCACCCUCACCAGCAUACUGCUCAGUUUCAGCAGCAGAUCCACCAACAGAUACACCAGCAUCAGCAGCAACAAAAAGGAGCUGAUUACAAUACAUAUUGGCCUUGGAACUGGCAACAAACACAGUUUCUCGUGUUUGCAGCCGAUGCAGCCAAUCAGACAACAGUUGCCCAGCAGCAGCAAGCACAGCAACAGCAAGCACAGCAGCAACAAGCCCAACAGCAACAAGCCCAACAGCAGCAAGCCCAACAGCAGCAGGCGCAGCAGCAGGCACAGCAGCAGGCACAGCAGCAGGCACAGCAGCAGGCGCAGCAGCAAGCACAGCAGCAAGCGCAGCAGCAGGCACAGCAGCAGGCACAGCAGCAGGCACAGCAGCAAGCACAGCAGCAGGCACAGCAGCAAGCGCAGCAGCAGGCACAGCAGCAAGCACAGCAGCAGGCGCAGCAGCAACAGCAACAGGCACAACAAGUGCAAGUGCAGGUGCAACAAGUGCAGCAGCAGCAGGUGCAACUUGCACAACAUCCAACCCAGCAGCAACAACAGCAGCAGCUCCAUCACCAUCACCACCACCAUCACCAGCACACUCCUAUUCAGCCACGUAUUCUUCCCGAGAUGAAGAGCACAUCUACUCAAAGCACAGUGAAGACAUCAGGCAUGGUGAACAUUGAGCCAAAGCCAGCCAACAUGCAGCCCAACCUGUCCCAGAGUCACCAGCAGCAGUCACAGGCUCAGAACACAAACAUGGCGAACCACGGAACACCUGGCCACGCCGCCACUGCCAAUACUCCUGUCCCGAGCGGAGCUCCCUCUCACUCCACGCAAAGCCACCCUAAUGCCAGUCACAGCACGCCCAGCCACUCAAUCACAGGUCACUCGACUCUGGGCCGUGCAGCAACGCCCACCAGUCAUGCAGCAUCGCCAAGCCACCCAACAAGCAAUGUUACAGUGACACCCAACCAUUCUCCUUCCAUCCACGUCAGUCUUCCUAGCUCGACAGCGCACGGAAUCACCAGCCAUUCUGGUCCGUGCCACACAGCUGCCGGUCAUAUGACUUCCACCCACGUGUCCGUGACGCCUACAUCGGUGACGCACACGUCAAGUACCUCACAUUCGACCAUGGUCCAUGCGCCGGUGGGAGGUCACAUUGCUGCUGCUCACAUGCCGGGACCUCACAUGACCAACCACCACUUGACUGGCAAUGCUGUGUCCGGAGGUCUCAGUGUUAGCAGCCACGUCGCCGUUGCACCUCAGCAGAAGGCAACUGUUGGUGUGCCGUCUCCUCCAGUGGCAGCACCACCACCGACAACUGUCAAGGGGUCAGCCGAAGAUAAAGUUGAGGUUUCGGCUCCCCCAGAAGCAGCCAUGCCGUAUGACAAGCAAGGCGGCGAGUCUGGCCAGAAGCCUGAAGCCAUGACCAAUGGCGGUGCGGUGACGCCUCAGAUGACCAUGUUGACGGCAUCAGAGCCUGUUCGCCAAAUCUCCCAAAAACCGGUGGUCAAGCCUAAUGUCUUAACACAUGUCAUAGAAGGGUACAUCAUUCAAGAGGGACCUGAGCCAUUUCCGGUCAGCCGCUCAUCCCUUGUUGCUGAAACUGAAUCGCCUAAGCCCUCUGUGGAGACGAAUGGAAAAGCAGGGAAUGAUGAAAUUCAGCACAUUGCUCAAGUUCCUCCUUCAGAGGCUGAGCCUCCUCCUUCGAAGGUCAUGGCUGCUGGGCCGGACCGGGUGGAAUUGGCCAAGUGUGAGAUGUGCGGCAAGCUAGGCACAAAGUCAAAGUUCAAAAAGUCCAAACGCUUUUGCUCGUCGUCAUGUGUCAAGCGCUAUAACUUGGCAUGCUCUGAGCGGCUCGGCAUAUUUGCCUUCACCUCGGAGCCUGAAAAUGAGGACGAGCUCCCAGGGAAAGUAACUAAGAAGAAGAAAAUGGGAAGAAAGAACUGGCGAAAAGUUCAAGGAAAUCACUUCAACGAAUACUCAUCUGAAAAAUGGCCACAGCAGCAACAGCAGCAACUGCAGCAGCCGCAGCAACCGCAGCAACCGCAGCAACAGCAGCAACAGCAGCAACAGCAGCAACAACAGCAACCACAGCAAGCACAGCAAGCACAGCAGCAGCAGCAGCAGCAGCAGAAAGAGGAUGUUCCCCAGCCACAGCAGCAGUCGCAAGCACAGCCACAACAGCAGCAGCAGGCUCGAAGCAAAGAUGUCAGCAUGGACAGUGCUGAGCCAGCCAAAGAAGAUGCCAGCACGCCCAUGGAGACAGCUGCGAGUGCCUCGGUGCCCGAGCAGUUGCUAAGGCCUGAGAGCUCAGUCGAGUCGCCUGCGCCUGCCCCACCUGUGGAGAUGGAAGUGGAUGCACCAGAGCCAGCGCCAGUCUUGCCAAGCAAAAACCCAAGGAGUUGGACGGUGCAAGAGGUUGCCGACUACAUUCAAGAGCUUCCAGGCUGCACUGAUUAUGCAGAGGAAUUUCGCUCCCAGGAAAUUGACGGUCAGGCAUUGCUUCUACUCAAGGAAGAUCACUUGAUGACAGCCAUGAACAUCAAGCUUGGCCCAGCUCUCAAGAUAUGUGCCAAGAUCAACGCCUUGCGAGAGGAACAGUAGUGCGCGCAAAUUCAGACAGCCUCUCACACCGCUUGUGUUCGGACUGUGUUAUAUUUUGUUCCCCUCCUUGUGCUCAAGACAAGCUCUCAAAAAUCGAACUGUGCCGUGCAGAGUCAUUUCAGUUGGUUUGAGUGAGCAUCAGUAAGUGUAGUCAGCUAUGUGUGUGAUCACUGUAGUGUGCAUGUAGGUUGGUUCUGUGAUCUUGUGGAAAAUGUGGAGUGGAUCCCUCUAUGAGACACUGCGAACGAGUGUGAUCAAACUCUGAGGUGGCAAUUUUGCACCGUGUUGGUUGUGCUUUGUGGACUUUGGUGCGUGAAACGCGAGAGGGCAAGUUCAUCUUCCCAUCACAGUUUUUCAUCGACAGAACUUUUUCAAGCUGCGAGUUGUGUCCUGGGACGCCGUGUAUGGGCACUUGUGUUCCUUUAAAGUAGGCUUGAGUGUGCUGUUUUGAGGUCUUCUUCUAGUAACUCGCUUGGAAAAGAAGCAUGUUCUUUCUGGACAUUAUCCAUAUGAAGCUACGCUCUAUCAUCUCCACAUGAUAUCUGUGGAUUACGAUCACAUAAAAUAAAGGAGGCUGAAACACGUGCAGCUUGAUGAGCCAGGACACUGUGCAAACUGACAAGAUUCACCUACUGCUUGCCGUGUACAAGUACGUGCGUAAACUGCACUUCCCAUUUCUUACAGCAUCUUUCUGCCUCUACUGUUGUGAGUGUGUGAAUUCUUAGAUGACAUUCCCUGCACCCUGUAGAGUUCUCGUAGUGCUCAGCUGCAAUGUGGGUGAAUGGUCGUUUACAUUUAAUUUAUUGUUGACCCACAUAGAAAUUAUUGUACAUCCUGGUUCAGAGUUGAAAGAUAGAUCCUAUUCAUUUAUGUGAUUUUGUGUGAAAGGUGGCGAAGUGUUAGUUAUUAAGCUCACUGUGUGAUUCGUGGCAAGAGCAGACUGUAAAUCUCAUCAUAGCUGGGGGAGUGAAGCUAACCAUGCCUAGCAGUGAGCAUCUCAUGUACAAAGUUUAGCGUGUUCAUUGCAAGAAAGUCCUCUGGUUAGUUUUUCUAGCGAUGUGCGUAAAUGUGCGUGCCUGCUUGAGUGUAAGAGAACACAUUUAGUGGUGACGUCAGUUUGUGUAAGAUACCGACCUGGAUAUUUUUCUUCAUAACUGGUGAGGCAAUCUCUGUAUUCCAUGAUGCCUUGGAGCAUAUGAUGCCUGUAGCCUGAAAAUCUGUUGAUUGGUUGUGUAUGCUUUCUUUGUAACUAUCUUUCAUGUAGGAAAGCAGAAUGAAUGUUUUUACAUUUUGUUUGUUUCUGCAGCUUGCCAUGUGAAGCUGCAGCACUGAGAUUCAUACUUAUAAAAUCAAAUAUUUCAUAUUUAUUUGUCAUGCUGGAAGAACCACUGUGUAAUUAUACUUAAAGUACUUGCCCAGAUGUUAAUAAAAAGGCUGUAUCCUCA